CUGGGGCGCCACGCGGCCGCUGUGGGUUCGCCUUUUUCAGGCGGAAAACACGGCGUAGUGGAUUUUAUUAAAAAAGAGAAAUGGCAAGCUGCUCAGUUAAGCAGCCCAGCUUUGCAGCUCGCAGCUACAGUGACAUUUUUCAUUUUUUGCAUGCUGCAAACUGUAGAGUCCGUGUCUUUGCACAGCCUCGAUUGGGGUUCAUUGAAUUCGUGCCGGACAUCCGAAUUGAUUUGCUGUUGCUACCGUUGACGCUAAUCUCGCUGCUGUAUGCACCUGUGAUGUAUGGCUGUGUGAAGCUCUAGACCUCUGGCGUGCUGCAUCCCGCUUGACCGACGUUUUGCAUUUGAUGCGUGUCCGACGUGAUCUAUCUCAUUCGUCUUUUAGAGGUAUACACGGUAGUUGAUGGGAAUUGGCCAGCGAAGCAUAUCUCUUUGCUAAUGCGGCUCAACAGACAGGUCGUCAUCUGCAGAGCCGCAUUCGCACUCACACCCGCCUCAACAUCCUCCCGGAGUUGGUUCGGCGUGUUGUACCUCUGUGUAGACAGCGCGCCAUCCAACUCGUGAUAGAAGCACUGAAGGAAGGCUCUUAGAGCCUCCCGGUCGGCCCUAGAACGCCGCUACUGGGACAGAGCCAGUUUUUGCGGGCAACACGGCUGCCCAGAAGCGCCAACUUGUAGUCUGAACCGAGACAGCCUUGGUGCUGUUGCAUUCAUCGUGGGAGGGAAAUAGGGUGUGUCCGCUGUAAUCGCCGUGGUUUAUGCAAGAAGGCGUGCUGCGAGAUAGCUCCGUAGCUGCGGCACACCCCCUGGUGCAACAACGGCCGCGCCCCGACAUUGACGCAACUUCAACAUGGCACACUGGCGCUAGGCCAACAGCGUCAUUGCGCCGAAAAGACAUCACCUCUGGCGCAUGCCGCCUCAUACCCCCACGGUGUAAAGCACACGCUACACUGUAGGGUACAAAUUCCGCUGCGGCAUCUUUUGUUUGUGUGGUGCUUCGGCCUCCAGAACUUGGCCGGAUCAAGCGGCUCCUCUAGUGCCUGGCCUGCUCGCCAUGUGUUGCCCGAGGGCACAUAGGCGCAAACUCUAUAAGAGGUGGCGGCGCCCUCGUUGCUGCCAUUGAUCCGACGCCCUGAUCUGCAAUUCAACUCCUCUCUUCUUUCUUCAAAUCUCAUCUUCUUCUACCAUUUGCAGAGUAAAAGACGACUUGCGCACACCAUGAAGUUCUCGACACAUCUCCUCGUUGCAGGCGCGGCGCUUACAGCUGCUCUGCCUCAUCAAGACAGCGUCGUUCGACGCAUGCAAAAGGGCCUCCAGAUCCCCGAGCAUUGGGGUAGCCAAAAGCCUUACACCCCUGGCUUUCGGGAUCCUUAUGACAAUGCUGUUGAUCCUAUCCAGUCUAAGCUUGAUCCCAAGCCCUGGCGCAAUGGUAAGGGAGCUAGCAUUCUUGGCCCUUACAACCCAGAGCGCUCCCGUCAGAGCCCAGACAUGAUCCGCCCACCAAGCACAGAUCAUGGUGACGUUGAAAACAUGCGCUGGAGCUUUACCGAUUCUCAUACUCGCAUUGAGGAAGGUGGCUGGACAAGACAAACGACCCUUCGUGAACUCCCAAGCAGUGUUGAGCUUGCUGGCGUGAACAUGCGUCUGGAUAAGGGUGUUAUCCGCGAGCUUCACUGGCACAAAGAGGCCGAAUGGGCCUAUGUUAUUUCUGGUGAGGUUCGAGUCACCGCUCUUGACUAUGACGGAGGCAACUUUAUCGAUGACCUCAAGGAGGGCGACUUGUGGUACUUCCCCAGUGGUGUUCCCCACUCCCUCCAGGGCUUGGGCGAGAACGGCACUGAGUUCUUGCUCAUCUUCGACAGCGGCAAAUUUUCUGAGGAAUCUACUUUCGUCUUGACAGACUGGCUUGCACACACCCCGAAGUCCGUCCUGGCCGACAACUUCCACCUUGCCCCGGAAGUCUUCGCUCAUCUUCCCAAGAGCGAUAAAUAUAUCUUCCAGGGAUCUAUGCCCGGAUCAAUUGAACAGGAGGCUCCUUCGGGCAAGAAUGUCAAGAAAUCCAAGUUCAACUUUACCCACCGAAUGCUCGACCAGACACCCAAGAAGACGACCGGUGGCGAAGUACGCAUCGCCGACUCUACAAACUUUGACGUUUCCAAGACCAUCGCCUCUGCUCAUGUCACCAUUCAGCCUGGUGCUAUGCGAGAAAUGCACUGGCAUCCUCUUGCUGAUGAGUGGUCCUACUUCCUCAAAGGUCGCGCUCGCGUGACUGUUUUCGCUGCUCAAGGCAACGCCCGUACCUUCAACUACCAGGCUGGCGAUGUUGGCAUUGUCCCCGCUAACAUGGGUCACUUUGUUGAGAACAUUGGUGAUGAGCCUCUUGAGAUGCUUGAGAUCUUCCGAACUGAUGUCUUCCGUGACUUCUCCCUGUUCCAGUGGAUGGGCGAGACCCCGCAGCGGUUGGUUGCAGACACAAUUUUCGGAGAUGACAAGGCCAAUGCUGAGUUAUUCUUGCAAAAGAUUAAGGAUCCUAAGAAGGAUGAGGUCACUGACCCCAGUGUGGAGCUUUAAAUGACAUAAGACUUUGACUUUGGGGCGGGAAGGCGUUGAUCGAACCACGGCUUGCUUGUUUUUUUUCUUCCUGUUUUGUUCCCUUUCUUUUCCAUGAUUCAAUUUGAAAGCGCCUAGUUUUUGCUUCAUUUUCGUUUACUCGUUAGGGAUACUCUUAAUUAUUGUAAAUAUUCAUUAUUUCCUUGCAAUAGACAGGGUCAUUACUCGUAGUAUUUUG